UGUCUGAGCCCUCGAGGCACAGACGAGCCAGUGCGCUCCUGGGCUGGCGACGUCCAGUCCGUCGCUCUCGCAGUGAAAAAAUGUGUAGAAAGUUGUGCCUACGGCUAAAGGCUCAAAGAUAAGAAGACAACUCAGUGCGUAUCACUGAGUUGACAGCAAGAUUGCGCGACGGAGUAGACGACUGGACGUUCAACAGAGGAGAAGGGUGACUCGUUCUGAACCCGUUUCUGAUAGAACUGAAUCGGAAACGACACAGUUGCAUGGAUUGAACACAACAUCGAGACUGGCAGAACAUACCAUCAAAAGAAGGGCCACGGCCACACCAGAUCUGUGCGACGAAGCAGCAACACCCGUGCCGGCGAUGAAGCUAUUAACCACAGCAGACUUCUCGGCAGUACUUAAUUGGGUCUUCGCAGGAAAGGGUGGACUACCUCUGAGCCUUUGGCAAUAGAUAAAUAAUUAUACUCAAAAAUGGAGGUACAGCAAAGGAAACUCACUCGAUUUCAACGACUUUGCUACUCAGUCGGACAUGUUCAAAAUGACGUGUGUGCAUCCAUGUGGUUCACAUAUUUGCUCAUUUACUUCACCAAAGUUCUUGGCUGGCCUUCGGCUGAAGCUGGAACUAUAAUGUUAAUUGGGCAAGUUGCUGAUGCAUUAGCAACACCAUUAAUUGGUUUACAGGCUGAUUUAAAACAUGAUCACUGGAUGUGCAAAUAUGGUCGCCGGAAAACUUGGCAUUUAUUAGGAACAAUUUGCGUACUCCUCAGUUUCCCAUUUAUUUUCUCCCCGUGUGGAGUUUGUCAUGAUGCAGAAGGGGACUACUGGGACCAACUGAUUUAUUACUCCGCCUUUGUGUGUAUAUUCCAAUUUGGAUGGGCAGCCGUACAGAUUGCCCAUUUAUCUUUAAUACCCGAACUAACUCCAGAUGAACAUGUUCGUACUGGAUUAAUUGCCUUCAGGAACACUUUCACGGUGGUAUCUAGUGUUUUCAUCUACCUUGUAGCUUGGCUAGUUUUGCACGUGUCAAAUGACCCCAACCAAAAAAUCGGACCAUCAGAUCAGUCAAGCUUCCAGUAUGUCGUGGCUUCUGGUUUAAUAGUUGGUUCUCUGAGCUCUAUUUUAUUUCAUGCUGGUCUAAGAAAUGCAUCACAACCAAUAGACGCUGGAAAUGAGUCAAUAAGUACCAUAGGUGACACAACAAUCUCAACAGAAAUAAAAGACACAACCAAAGUGAUGACAGCCAACAAACAGAAAACAAUUAAAGAACACUUAGUUUCAAUUAAGCUGUACCAGGUUGCGGUUGUCUAUAUGUCAACAAGGCUUUUUGUCAACCUUAGUCAGGUUUAUGUCCCCCUCUAUCUGGACGAACAAGGACUCUCAGCUGAAAGUUUAGCCGUUGUACCUCUGGUCAUGUACAUCAGCAGCUUUUUCACGUCCGUUUUAACUCAAUUUAAAACAAUGAAUAAGUAUUUGGGCAGAAGGCUUGCAUAUUUAAUUGGAUGUUUAAUUGGAGCCGGAGGGUGUGUAUGGGUUGGGCUGGGAGCAGGAAAAAUCUACACAACAUAUGAGGUUUACGCUGUCGCCAUCCUCCUGGGCGCUAGUUCUUCAAUUCUACUUGUUACAAGUGUGGGAUUGACUGCAGAUCUUAUUGGUCAGGAUACGGACACUGGAGCAUUUGUCUAUGGAGUGAUGAGCUUCGUUGAUAAAUUAAGUAAUGGAUUGGUUGUUUUUGUUCUACAAUCCUAUUUCCACCAAAAUUAUAGAAACGUAUUGGCAUACGUGUGUGGAGCUUCAACCAUUUUGGGAGUACUGGCUAUAGGAACGUUACUCCAAUCUUCAGAUUACUCUAGUAUUUUGUGUAAAAAGACUUACAGUGUAAAGACAUAGUCCAUGACAACUCAUAAGCGAUGCUGAAUCCAAUAUUGUUAUUUUACUUCUAUGUUGUGUUUUGUAUAUAUAUUUAAUAUAUUUUUUAUUUAUUUGUGA